AUGGCCACUGGUUCUAGCAUUCCAAGUCCAGAGGCCCGGUUCGCCUGGCUUCACCAAAAUAGCCUGCGUUUAUACCCAAUUCACAGACCGUCGCCAACCAUUACGUCCAUCAAUGGUCCCUCUUCUUUGCCAUACGACACCAUGCCCUACCACGGGAAAUGCGCCGGCUGUGGAAAGCACGGUCGUAAAUUGGCCUGCUCGAGCUGCAGGGUCACUGGCGUAGGCCAUCUCCGAGUCUACUACUGCUCAAGCGAAUGCCAAAAAGCCGACUGGCUAUCCCAUCGAGAAGUAUGCCGAUCCCGACAGCAAGUCGCACGUGCCGUUUCUAUUCUUAUAGGGCUGUGGGCGGCCCUACAGACCAGUACCUAUGCUGAGAGAUGCGAUUUCUCCCACGAGGACAACGGCCUCAUCGCGGCUGAGCAUUGGAAGAACGACCAAGACCGUCGAUGCUACACUGGUGCCUCGUUUUUUAGACGCUUCCCGGAUGAUGUGAUCCCUAAAAAUAUGAGCGCGAGGGCAGAGAAGGCUGUGCUUUUUGAUAAAAACACAGAUGAAGUCACCUCGAUUGGAAUGCCUUGGGUUAGAAGAUUUCUCCAACCUUUCUGCACGAAGAUUGAAGAAAUAGAAAUCAACAUCAAGAACCCAGCCCUCAUGAUCGGGUCACUCAAGUUCGCUAGACACAAUGUCCUACGCGUAACAACUAAGACAGGCGAGGUCCUCGCCAUAGAUAUCUCAAGCGCACGAUAUGUGUUCCGCCGCUACCGCAUCGAUACGAUCCUACUAGAAUGCGCAAUUGGGAAUGCGGCGAAGUCUGCCGCUGUUGCAGACCAACUACUCCUGUUUGCCCCGGGGAACCCUGAUGCCUUCCUAUACAAGACACGCGAAAGACUUGUCAACCACGAAGCCGAGGGCAUGGAUCGUUCUAUGGCGAGCAUCCCAGGAGGCAUAAGCCCGUUAAUGUCAUCCCCCCAACGGCAAUUUAAGGAUUUCCAGCACCAGAUUAUCCGCAACGCCAAGCGCUUCCUGGACGAUUCCCUAGCACAGCUUCAUCGAACAGGAGUAGGCCGAAUGUAUUUCGUCGAUCUCAAUGGUACCAAAGACUUGCUUACUGCGAUUACGCCCGGUACAAAAUACGCUGAACUCUUCAAGAACGUCUGGUUCACGGAGGCUGAAGUGGCAGCAUUCAAAGAUGAUCAAUCUCUCAAGAAGAUGUGGAUGUGUAGAAUGUCCAGGCUACACGAUUCUGACAAGGAGCAUGAAUGGAUGGGUGGGAUUCUUAUUUCUGAUUGUUUGAAAUAG